AGUUUGCAACAAUGGCGUCGGAACAGGCGAGGAGUGAGCAUGUGAAGGAUGAACCAAAAGUUGAGGUGGAGAGAGAUCGAGUUCCGAAAUUGGCUACUCAUUUCGAAUCCCUGGUUGAUAAGGCUAAAGAAGAGCAUCAGCCUCAUCACGGUGCGGAGACAACGAUUCAUAUCGAGGUGGUUCCGGUGAGAGUUGCCGGGAUCACGGUGGAGAGCGGCGGAGCGAGAAGGGAAGCGGGGAAGCAGCAGCAGCAGCCGUCGUUGGAGGAAGUUUCUAGAAUGAGGAGGCAAGCGCAGCAGAACUCGAUGGAGGCGAUCCGGUCGGCUGAGGAGUGCUACGAGAAGGCGCGAUCUCAACAUACUGCGGCGGAGAGAGGCCAGCAGGGGAGAAGUAAGAUGGCGGAGAAAGGGCGACAAGCGGCUGACAGGGCGACGGAGGUGAAGGACACGGCGGUGCAGAAAGGCCAACAGGCUCAAGGCUACAUUGCGGAGAAGGCCACUCAAGCGAAGGAUACGGCCGCGCAGAGAGGCGGACAGGCUCGGGAUUACACCGCGGAGAAGGCGGCUGGGGCGAAGAAUACGGUGAUGGAGAAAGGCCAACAGGCUAAGGAUUACGCGGCGCACAAGGCGGUGGAGGCUAAGGAUGUGGUUUCUAGUAAAGGCCAAUCCGCUUCUCAAAUUUCCGCUGAGAAGGAUAAGGCGGCCAAGGAUACGACGGUGGAUACCACAUUCACGGCGGCCCAAUAUGCCGCUGAGAAGGCUGCGGCAGCGAAGGACACGACGUACGCUGCUGAAAAAGCAGCAGCAGCAAGGGAUACGACGAUGGAUACGACCAAGAGCGCUGCACAAUACGCUGCUGAAAAAGCAGCGGCAGCCAAGGAUACAACAGUUGAUACAACCAAGACUGCUGCACAGUACAUUGGAGAAAAGGCGGUUGCUGCGAAGGAUGUGACGGUUGAGAGCGGCAAAGGAGCUGUGGGAUAUGCGGGUAAGGCGGCUGCAGGGGUGAAGGAUCAGGCGGUGGCGGCAGGCUGGGAGGCGGCGCGUUUCACCCUUGAGAAGACGGCAGUGGCGACUGAGACGGUGGCGAAUGUGACUUCGAAGGUGGCGGGGUACACGGGAGAUGUGGUGGUGGCGGCCAAGGAUAAGGUUGCUGGAGCAGGGCAGGCGGUAGCGGGGUAUGCAGGGGAGAAGCUCGCAGCUGUGAAGGAUACGGUGGUGGCAACUGAGGAGAGCGCGGCGGAGUAUGCUGCAAGGAAGAAUGAGGAGGCUAAAAGGGAUCUUGAAUUGAAGAGAUCGUCACCGCAAACAGAAGAAGGGGGAGAAACAUUCAGCAAAGAGGGAUUCUACCGCCCAUCUGAAAAGAUCAAGGAGCAGUGGGGAGGAGAAGAAGGCAAACCAUGGGGAGGAGGAAGAGAGGGCGGAGACUGGCAACAGCAGAGGGGAGGGGAGCAGGAAGAGCGUGACACCUUCAGAGGAGAAGGCGGACAAAAGCAAGGAGCAAUCGGAGGGGGCAUCAUGCGGGCGAUUGGCGAGACUCUAGUUGAGAUAGGGCAGACGACAAAGGAUCUUGUGUCAGGGCAGCAUCCUCUGCUUGGGAAAGAUGAAGACGAGAAAGAGACGUACAAAGGCACUGGCAAAGACAUAUAG